AACCGCAAAAUUCAGUGAUAAAUUGAUAACAUGAUGAGGCGGAUUCGCGGAUUUCCGAUUUCGGUUAAGUCCAACCACAAAAUAGAAUAUAUUACUAUUAUAUAAUUAAUUAAAAAUUUUUAAUAUUUUUCGUUUUUCAUUUUAUUUAUAUUUAAUUAAUGUAAAAUAGUUUACUCUUUAAGAUGACUGAAGAAAGUACGAUUGAUGUUAAAAUUAACUUUAACCAUCUGAUUACUGAAGAAAAGAACAAACACACUGUUUAUUGCACUAAAUGCCCGUCCAAGAUUUUGCCGUCUACAAUGGGAAAGUAUUUGAGCAUUGAGUUCAAUCUUCCACACAUGUCUCAAAAAAAGAAUUGUGAGGCUGUUGAAUGUGAACUGUUAACAGAUUACUGGAUGGUUCCAGAUAUGUAUAUGUUUGAUAAUAUUGGAUUUUCGAAGACUGUUGAAUCUGGCAUUAAAUAUCUUAUAUGUGCUGACUGUGAAAUUGGACCAAUUGGAUGGUACGACGACAACACUAAGCAAUCUUAUGUAGCCUUAUCCAGAGUCAAACAUGCUGAAGAUUCAUGAUAUUUAAUCAAAUUGUAAAUACUUGAAACAUUCUAUUUUUAAUUAUUUAAUUAUAAUAUUUAUAGAUGAAUAGGAAUAUCUAAAAUAUUUAAAAAGUAUAUAUUUUUAUAUGUAUUAUAUAUUAAUUAUUUAUUAAACAACAUUUCAUGUUCAAA